UUUAAACCGGAGACCCGGAGAUGCCCGACACUCGGUGCGCCCUUUGCAGACCUGGAGACCCAGAGCGCCGCGGUAGCCGCACUCUCCUUCGUGUUCCUCCCGCGUCGAGCCCGAGUGGCUCGGGCUGCGGUCGCACGCAGCGCCACGCGUCCACAGCGAAGGACCCGAGGACCCACGGAAGUGACAGAAUGAAUCGCACCGCAUACACUGUGGGAGCUUUGCUUCUCCUCCUGGGGACCCUACUGCCAGCAGCUGAAGGGAAAAAGAAAGGGUCCCAAGGAGCCAUCCCACCUCCUGACAAGGCUCAGCACAAUGACUCUGAGCAGACCCAGUCCCCACCACAACCUGGCUCCAGGACCCGGGGGAGGGGCCAGGGGCGGGGCACCGCCAUGCCUGGAGAGGAGGUGCUUGAGUCCAGCCAAGAGGCACUGCAUGUGACAGAGCGCAAGUACCUGAAGCGAGAUUGGUGUAAAACUCAGCCCCUGAAGCAGACCAUCCACGAGGAGGGCUGUAACAGCCGCACUAUCAUCAACCGCUUCUGCUAUGGCCAGUGCAACUCCUUCUACAUCCCCAGGCACAUCAGAAAGGAGGAAGGCUCCUUUCAGUCUUGCUCCUUCUGCAAGCCCAAGAAGUUCACUACCAUGAUGGUCACACUCAACUGUCCUGAGCUACAGCCACCCACCAAGAAGAAAAGGGUCACGCGCGUGAAGCAGUGUCGUUGCAUAUCCAUCGACUUGGAUUAAGUCAAAGGGGGCACAUUCAGCCUGUCAUAGCCAUGCCGAGAGCCACACCCAAACCACCCGAUUCCUACUUGGCUUAAACCUAGAGGCCAGAAGAACCAGCAGUUGCUUCCUGGCUGGAGGCUGCUUAUGCAUAGUGUACGCGCAUGCGCAUGAGUGUGCAUGGGUGCCUGUGUUUCCAAACACCAACGGAAACAACCUCUGCUAGAAGGCACUUCCUGUUACUCUGCUUCAGAUGGUCGGAAAUGCCCACACCACUGGACCCAAACACCCACAGGGGCAGGGCUGUCGUUGGCUUUGUCAUUGUGUUCUAUGUGCCUCCUGGGCACCAGGAUUUCACUUGAGAAUGAAUACUACCGGAGGAGGUAACUCUGAGGGCUGCAUUAGACUCGGAACUGUUCAGUGCUCGCCCACAACCCAUUCUUUUCUUUGCUUUCCCUGACAUCUCAGUCUUAGCCCAUGUUCCUAAAUUAAUUCACUUGACCUCGGGUGUAAAUGUCGUUUGUCUUGUGAAGAACCUUCAGAAUGUGAGGAGACAUGUGAUGAAGGCACACAGGACAGAGGAUUGACACAGGAGCGCUGAGGCUAAGGACCAGUCUGGGCCAGUGAAAUUCAAUAGCAAGAUGUCCAGAGUCUAAAAGUUGUUUCCCCAAACUAUAUGAGCCUUGUUUUAGUAAAGGGGCUUUCCUGAUAUUUAAAAGAACCCAGACACACAGAGGAGAAAUAUAAUCAGCAAAAAAACCCAAUUCUCUGUGCCAGCUUUUGUGACCUACUGACGCUAGCUGUAACCCAAAGUUAAGGGUGAAGUAUUGACGACUUCUGUUUUAAGAACCAAAUGAAAAAAAAAAUGUGGCCUCCUGCUUUACUUUGCCUCUUAGGAGGACAACCUUGUUCACUGGGGUAAGAAAAGACAAAAUCUCCUAAGCUUAGUUUUGCUGGAUUAACAUUGCUUUUCUGUCAUUCCUGGAAAACACUUCAAAGAUGCAGAACCUUUCAAUAAAAUCCUGCUUUUGUUGAGGCUACCUGCCAAUAAGGAACAGUGUAAGAUGA